AUGGACUUCAAGGCAGCUCUGAAGAAAAAUAAGGUUGACCUGAGCGCCUACGCCUCACUCUACCGAGAAUUUCAUCAGAAUCCCGAAAUUUCAACUCUCGAGCAUGAAACCUCAGAGAAGAUCGCGGCCCAUUUGAAGAGCUUGUCCUCGGAUCUGGAUAUUCGCACGGGGAUCGGUGGCACUGGCCUCAUCUCCAUCUGCAAAAAUGGGUCAGGUCCGACGGUCUUGCUCCGAGCCGACAUGGAUGGGCUACCCGUUCACGAGGAUACGGGACUGGAGUACGCAUCGACAAAAACCAUGAAGGACACGCAGUUGGAUGACGCCGUCAAGCCCGUGAUGCACGCGUGUGGCCAUGAUAUGCACAUUACAUGCAAUUUGGGUGCGGCCGAGACCCUACUGAAAGUGAGGGAUAUAUGGUCGGGCACUAUCAUUUUCCUCUUCCAGCCGGCCGAGGAACGUGGAUGCGGUGCACAGGCCAUGGUCGACGAUGGCCUGUUCGACCCUGAGAAGCAUGCUUGCCCGAUCCCUGACGUACUUUUUGGACAGCAUGUCUUCCCUUUGGAGCCUGGAUGUAUUGUCAGCAAACCCGGCUCAUUCCUGGCUGCGGCUGACAGUCUACGGAUCACCGUCUUUGGCCAAGGCGGCCACGGCAGCAUGCCCCACCGGUGUGUCGAUCCUGUCGUCCUUGCCUCGUCCAUUGUGAUGAAACUGCAAACGAUUGUGAGCCGGGAGAUUGACCCCGAGGAAGUCGUUGUGGUGACGGUCGGCAGCCUGAAGGCCGGUGACACUGUCAACGUGAUUGGCGAUGAGGCUGUCCUACAAGUGAACAUCAGGAGCAUGAGCCAUGAAACGAGAACAUCGGCUCUAGAUGCAGUGAAGCGGAUUGUGAAGGCCGAAUGCGAGGCGUUCAAGUCCCCGAAGGAGCCAGUAUUUGAGACACUCAAUGCAUUCCCUCCAACGUUGAACGAUCAAGAAACCACAGAUACAAUUCAAAAGUCAUUCACCGAAUUCUUUGGCGACAAACAUCAAAGGGUAAGCGCGGCGCUCCCCGGCAGUGAGGACUUCCCGGAUCUGGCUACAGCAGUCGACAAACCCUAUGUUUUCUGGGGUUGGAGCGGCUCCGAUGAGAAGGUCUGGGCCAAGCACGAAAAAGAAGGCACAUUAAGUGAACUCCCCCCAACCACUCGCAUCUUUUUGCCCCAGCGAUCCAUCCGACCUUGGAAAAUGGCAUCCACACGAUGGUUGUGGCAGCGCUGA